CAGUUAGACUAGAAUCUUUGUGUAGACACUACUUACUUUUUCUCGUCUUUCAAACAUAAUAAUCCACCAUGAAAUCCCUAGUAUUAACUACUUUGUUACUUUAUUACUGCAAUAUAAAUGAGCUUUGUGCAGGAAAUGCAGUGUUGUCGUUGAAUAGUGAUAACAUAGACUUAGAGUACAACUUUAAAAUAACGUUCAACGACACGGAUUUGGACGUCGAGAAGGAUAUGCAUUUCUUCCUGUACACGCGAGCUCAUCCUGAAAAUCCGCAACAGCUGUGGGUCGACAAUGUACAAGCGUUGAAGGAGAGCUCCUUUAAUUCCAGUAAGGCGACGAAGUUCAUGACUCACGGCUAUCAAAACACUUACCAAGGAAAUAAUUGCAUAACAGUUCGCAGAGCGUUUCUAGCGCGUGAUGACUAUAACGUCAUUGUCGUCGAUUGGGGCAACGUGGCGAAGCUACCCUACCUGAUCUCGGCGGGCCGAAUAAAGGCCUGUGGUGCCUACAUAGCGCGAAUGAUUGGCUUUUUGGCGAAGCAAGGCGGCGCCGAUCCGAACAAUAUGUCCCUGGUUGGCCAUUCGUUGGGUGCCCAGCUGAUGGGAUUAGCCGGAUAUCAGGCACACGAUAAAGUUGGUCACCUCGUCGGUCUAGAUCCGGCGCGACCAGGCUUCAUUAAUGCAGCGCCGGGUCGUGGUAUCUCAUCAUUGGACGCUCAGGUGGUAGAGAUUAUACACACAAAUUCAAAUUACUACGGGCUUGCUGAACCUCGGGGUCAUCUUGACUAUUACCCCAACGGUGGAGGCAUCGAUCAGCCUGGCUGCGUCGAUGAGCCUAAUCAUAAGUAUUACUGCGCCCACGACCGGGCCUAUUACUUCUACGCCGAGGCAAUUACGAGGCCUGAGGGACUCGUAGCUGUGAAGUGCAAGGACUACGAGGAGUUUCUGAAAGGAGGUUGCGAUAAGAAAGAUGUGCUGCCUUUUGCUGGUGCGUCGCACGAGGGAAAGCUAGGGAAGAAGGGCUCGUACUUUCUCAGGACCGCUGACACGGCACUAUUUGGUUUAGGUCAAGAGGGCCUAAAGCCCGUAGAAAUAGAUUAAAGGGUAUUAUUUUUAAAAGCAUAAUGAGAUCAAACGAUUGCAAACAAAAAUGUAUCAGAGAUUUUAUUUUGACAUUAUUUAUUUAUAAUAAAAAUAUUCGUGUUGAUAAGAUUGAAUCGUUCAGUGCAACAAAACUUCAGUUGUAGCCAGAAGCUAACCCUUAAUGAGCUAGAAGGAUAGAUUUUAACCGAACUAUCCAAAGUUCUUGGAGUUUCCGCAUUACUGAUGCUUCCAAAUACUUUCGUUCUAUCUAAUUAUGAACGGUGGAGUCAAUAAGUUCGAACUAACAAUAACUUGUAAGUGAUCGAUUCUAUCUAUGCAUAUUACUUUUAACAAAAAAUAUAAUUGUACGACGAUAGCGGAGCAUCGCCAGUUGAGGUGCGAAUGAUCGCCCAGUCGGUAUAACGUCGCGUUCAACAUGAACCCGACAACUUCGAUCGUCCCGCUGUUCGUAUUCUGCGGAACCGUUCUAGGGGAUCUACCAUCGGUAAUGGAAUCACCCUCGAUGGACGACACUCCAUCUGUGAACCUGACUUCAGACGGUGUAGUGAUACAAGACGUACUAUUUUUUUUGUACACAAAAAAGAAUCCGAAAGUACCACAACAAUUGUACUACAAAAAUCUCACGAUAUUGAAUCGGAGUUUCUUAAACUUUAGUCAGCCAUUGAAAGUUGUGGUGCAUGGCUGGAGAAACAAUCACACGAGUGAUAUCGGCACACUGCUUCGCAAAGCGUUUUUGGAUCACGGCAGCUUCAACGUACUUUCGGUGGACUGGGGCAAAAUAGCCUACGAAAAUUAUCUCUACGCUGCGAAUAGAGUAAGCGCAGUGGGUGCUCUCGUAGGCGAGAUGAUUGAUUUCUUGGUGGACAUGGGCUCUGAUCCAAGAAACAUCUCUGUGGUGGGUCACUCGUUAGGAGCACACGUUGCUGGACUAGCGGCGCUUCAGGCAGACGCUAACAUCAGCCAUGUAGUUGGUCUGGACCCAGCGGGUCCUGGCUUUCGUUUAGUGGGAACGGAUGGUCGUAUCAGUACCAAGGACGCCAAUUAUGUCGAAAUCAUCCACACAUGCGCUGGUAAUUUGGGCGUUCGUCGUCCCUUAGGCCACGCGGACUUUUAUCCCAAUGGCGGAGGUCCCAGGCAGCCGGGAUGUGGCGCUGAUCUCAUCGGCUCGUGCGCCCACAGUCGAUCUUACAAAUACUACGCGGAGUCGCUAAAGGAUCCUGAUGCCUGGUAUGCAAUCAUGUGCAACUCGUCGAAAAGUUUCGAUGCGGGCGAGUGCGAGGGCAACAAUAUCCAACCCUUUCCCAGGUGGAAGGCGGACUACCACAAGCCACCUGGCAUUUAUCAGCUCAGAACCGCGUCGUCUUCGCCAUAUGGUCUCGGAAUAAAUGGCACCGUACCAACCAUGAACGAGACUUUGAUCAGCGAAAUACAAUCGAUACCUGGAAACGUUGCGGAAGCGAUCGCAGAAACCGCUAAUUCUGCUGUUACGACAGCAGUGAAUGUCGCUAAUAAGACUGCAAAUGCAGCAAUAUCGAUUGUAAAAGGUUAGGAUAGGUAUUUUUAGUAAAAGUGAUGACCUUUAAGUAUGUAUCACAUACCAGUAAGCAUGAAACACGGCGUUUUUUCCAUUA